AUGCCGGCCGCGUCACAGAGAUGUAUGCGGUUUACCGUCGGCGCCCUCGCAUGCAACGCCGCCUGCCUGGGCUUCGUCACGGGUCUCGCCAAGGCACCAUCCCACGGCAUCUCCACCAGGACGUCCCACAAGUCCUCCACCAUCACCAUGAGGGGUGGGCCCCUCCGAGGUCUCGAGGCUGCUGGUGAGGCUGGCGGGCAACGUCAAGGCCAGAAGGAGGCCUGGCAGACUCGCGGGCGACGGUUCCUGUCGGUGCUGCGCAGCGGUCAGCAGGACAGGGACGUGGGCGGGGAGGGUGUUGUUCACGGCUCGUCGGCAGAUAGCCGUCAGAGCUCCGAGGCAUUGUCGGUUGCGGUAAAGGUAGACGGAGGCGCACAGAAGGAGACCCCGGCAGCGGGUGGAGGGUUCUUGAAAGGCUUGAUUCCCAGCAAGUCGGAGAGGAAGAAGCUGCUGCCGUUGGCGGCGAUGUUCUUCUGCAUCUUGUUUAACUACACCAUCCUCAGAGACACCAAGGAUGUGCUGGUGGUGACCGCGCCCGGAUCCGGCGCCGAGAUCAUCCCUUUCCUCAAGACCUACGUCAACCUCCCGGCGGCGAUCGCGUUCACGGUGCUCUACUCCAAGCUGAACAACGUCAUGUCGCCCUCCAAGGUCUUCUACACGUGCAUCACCCCCUUCCUGGCCUUCUUCGCCUCCUUCGCCGCCUUCAUCUACCCGGCGAGAGACGCGCUCCACCCCCACGCCGCCGCGGACUACCUGCUGGCGCAUCUGCCCAAGGCCUUCGGGCCGUUGAUCUCCAUCUUCCGAAACUGGACGUACGCGGUUUUCUACACCGCCGCCGAGCUGUGGGGCUCCGUGGUUGUGUCUGUCCUGUUCUGGGGCCUGGCCAAUCAGAUCACAACCACGAAGGAGGCUAAGAAGUACUACCCCCUCUUCGGCCUCGGCGCCAAUGUGGCUCUCAUCUUCUCCGGCCAGUACGUGAGGUUCGUGUCGGCCUUCCGCGCGUCGCUGCCCGCGCACGUCGACAAGUGGGGCGCGUCCCUCAAGCUCCUCAUGGGUGCCGUGUGCACGCUGGGCGUUGCGAUCAUCGGCAUCCACGCGCACGUGCAGAAGAACGUCAUGACGGACCCCGAGUGCGUCCCCGCCGAGGUCGGCCAGCCCAAGUCGAAGACGGCGACCUCGAUGGGCCUCCGCGAGUCCGCCAAGUACCUGGCCGCCUCCCCCUACAUCCGUAACCUCGCUAUGCUUGUGAUCGCCUACGGGAUGUCCAUCAACAUCGUGGAGGUGACGUGGAAGGGUAACCUCAAGCGGGCGUUCCCUGACCCCAACGCGUACUCGGCGUUCAUGGGCAACUUCAGCACGGCCACCGGCAGCGUGACCCUGAUGAUGAUGAUCCUGGGUAGGUUCAUCUUCCAGAAGUUCGGCUGGACCACCGCCGCGCUGGUCACGCCUACCGUGCUCGCCCUCACCGGGGCCUUCUUCUUCUCUCUGAUUCUGUUCGAGGGAGCCUUCUCGCCCCUGCUGGCGUUCUUCGGCACGACGCCCCUCAUGGCCGCGGUGUUGAUCGGCGCAGCGCAGAACAUCUUGUCGAAGAGCAGCAAGUACUCCCUGUUCGACCCGUGCAAGGAGAUGGCUUACAUCAACCUGGACGCGGAGCAGAAGACUAAGGGCAAGGCCGCCGUGGACGUCAUCGGAAACCCCCUCGGGAAGUCGGGAGGGUCCUUCAUCCAGCAGGUGUUGAUCGUGUCCCUGGGAUCGCUGUCCGCUUCCACCCCGUACUUGGCCGCUAUCCUUGUCGGCAUCAUUGGGGUGUGGCUCACAAGCGCCAAGUCCCUGGGAGGGAUGAUCAAGAAGUUCGAGGACAAGGAAGACGCGGACGAAUUGGCAAAGGGGAAGAAGACCCCCAAGGCUCCCAGCGUUGUUGCGGCGGCGUGACCGUAGCCUUGCAGCAGAAUCUCGCGAGACGUUUUUGACGUGUUUCCCGUUUACUUUGAUGAAUAGUAUGAAAGAUUCAACACGCAGCCCGACCCGAGUCUAUAAUGAUAUCGUAACGGGGACGGGGAUGCGGACGGAACACGAGUUAGAGUAGUCAUUCGUUACUUUUAAAGGGUUGGUUCGGAAUUUUGUUUUGUUUCUUCUGUUAUACUUAUAGAUGCAUGCAUUUUGUGGAGUACGUUAAAAUGCCGGUUGUGUUUCGUCGGUUUUUGUUUUGUGAUCUGGGUAUUCACUCGGGCUGGGUUCUUGGGAUGACGUGGCCGGGAGAACGACGAAGUUCACGUUUGGGAUUGGAGCGUUGCGUUCUGUUUUUGUGUGGAGAAAGCCUCACCAUUUUGAUUCCUUGUCGGGAAAAAAACUGGUUUCCUUUGCGGCGUGCUUUCUACCUCCUGUUGGCGACUGUUUCGGUUUGGCGGCUGGCCUUUGCCCGACGACCGCACACGACAGCCUUGCACUGGAAGAGUUUUCGUUUUGGCGCAGGCAAUCAGUGCUUCGUAUGUCCGCCCCCGAAUAGGCUUUGUGAACCGUUUGACUGGUGAGGUGGGGCUGCUUCCGAUGGUAAUCUUGCCCAGACCUUUGCCUUGAGGGUGUAGCCGGCGAGAGCCAAGCGGGUGGUGCAUGCGCAGCAGGACCGGGUAACGCUGCUGCGGUCUUGGUAUUUGCGCGCUCCACCGGCAGCACCCUUUUGUUGAAUCAGCAUGUUUACCAUGUACGCUAGGAGAGGACACCCAGUCGGCAGAUACGAGGGGAAGAGGACGUGGGUGCGUUCAUCGUUCCUAGCUGUGUUUGUCGUUCGAUUUGUUCCCUGUUUGCUGUCUACUAAUAAUCAACUAAAUGAAUGAUCUCUG